UAAACCAGGCAGUUCUUAAUUUUGCGUUUGUCGGGCGAGUUUUCAGUUCUGGAUUCUUUUCUGGCUUAUCCUCGGACACCUUUGAGUCGUGGGGCUUCACCGUCGCCGUCUUUAAGUGGGCAGUGCGCAUGCGCCAGCUUCCUCUUUUUCCGGCUGGAACCAUGGCGGCUGUUGAAGAGAAGAAAAAGAAGGUUCCUGUUGUGCCAGAAACGCUUAAGAAAAAGCGAAAGAAUUUCGCAGAGCUGAAGAUCAAGCGUCUGAGAAAGAAGUGUGCCCAAAAGAUGCUUCGAAAGGCAAGGAGGAAACUUAUCUAUGAAAAAGCUAAGCAUUAUCAUAAAGAAUAUAGGCAGAUGUACAGAACUGAGAUUCGGAUGGCUAGGAUGGCAAGAAAAGCUGGCAACUUCUAUGUACCUGCAGAACCAAAAUUGGCAUUUGUCAUCAGGAUCAGAGGUAUCAAUGGUGUGAGUCCAAAGGUCCGAAAAGUGUUGCAGCUUCUUCGCCUUCGCCAGAUCUUCAAUGGAACUUUUGUUAAGCUCAACAAGGCUUCCAUUAACAUGCUGAGGAUUGUAGAACCGUAUAUUGCAUGGGGGUACCCAAAUCUGAAGUCAGUAAAUGAGCUAAUCUACAAGCGUGGUUAUGGCAAAAUCAAUAAGAAACGAAUUGCGUUGACUGAUAACAGUUUGAUUGCACGAUCUCUUGGUAAAUAUGGCAUCAUCUGCAUGGAGGAUCUGAUUCAUGAGAUCUAUACUGUUGGAAAACGCUUCAAAGAAGCAAAUAACUUCUUGUGGCCCUUUAAGUUAUCAUCUCCACGGGGAGGGAUGAAGAAAAAAACAACCCACUUUGUAGAAGGUGGAGAUGCUGGUAAUAGGGAAGAUCAAAUUAAUAGGCUUAUUAGAAGAAUGAACUAAGGUAUCUGCCCUGAUUGUUUUUGUAAUCUGGUCAGUUAAUAAACAGUGACUGCUUUCAAAUUGAAAUGUACUGCUGUAUUUGUGAUUUUUUUUUUUUUUUUGAGACAGUCUUACUUUGUCAUCCUCAGUAGGGUGCUGUGCUGUCACAGCUCACAGCAACCUCAAACGCUUGGGCUCAAGCGAUCUCUUGCCUCAGCCUCCCAAGUAGCUGCCACCGC